AAAUAUUGAAGAAGUAGAUAAAGGUGGGUUUUCUGUAGUGUAUAAAACAUUAUAUAAAAAACGAUGUGUAACGUAUGAAGAAGUUGCAAUCAAGAUAAUAAAAGUUUCACAUAAAAAUAAACAACUUUUCUCAAACGAGUUAAAGGCAUAUCACGAAUUUGGGAAAUAUCGUGGCAUAUCAAUGGAUAAAAAUACUGGAGAUUUUCGUGACAAUUUUAAAGAUAUGUUUAAAUUGGAGUGGAAAAUUAAGCUGCAAAUAUUAUGUGAUAAAGAUCUAUCACAUAUUCAUUCGAAAAACUUAAUGCAUCGAAAUUUACAUUCUG